AUCGGUUCAAACGCAGGUGGACAAAGUAAGGAUAAAAUAUCCAGCACAGGAAGCAGAGACCGUCCGUCCGGUGGCAAAACGGCAAUCGAAGUUCAAACCAUGAGCAGUGCUUCCUCUUCCACUGCCGGAAGUAAUGCGGCAAACCAGAGUGGCCAACAAGCCGGUGGUGGUGGUGGUGCUGGUGGUGGAAGUGCAACCGCCGCGGAUAACGGCCAAAACGGAAGUGCGGCCGAGAACGGUGCCGAAGGGAACGUAGUACAGCCACCGCAGCCCGGAGGAGGAGGCACGGCGGAUCCACCGACCACUUCCUCCGCGACCACGCACCACCACCGGGGUGGACCGGCCGCAUCCGGUACGACCGGAUCGAUGGCGACGGUCCUGCGACGCAAGACGAACGUGUGCCUCAUCUGCGGCAUCUACACCAACCUUUCGCUGAACAUCUUCGAGCCACGGAACGGACCGAACAUAGUGGACGUGAUCUACGAGAAGUACAAGUUCCGGGCUGAGCGGGGCGAUAAUGCGGACAAGCACAUUUGCUUUAGCUGCAACAACUGGUUGAUCAAUUGGUACUCGCUGCAGAACACAUCCUCCGGCAGCUCGAACCGAACGUACGAACCGGCGCCGUCAACGAGCCGUUCUUCAGCUGCUGCGGACAGCAGCAACAACAGCAAUCGCCGGGGACGUCACCACCAGGGGCAUAAAUCAAGGACGAAAGGGAUUUCAACUGCCCGCACCAAUGCUUUCCCGCCGUCAAACGAUAAGGAAAACUACCCAACAAACCAUGCUGGCCGGGCGGACGAGCAACACGACCAAGUAUCGUCGACGACAGCGUUUUCCGAAGCCGGCGAGGAAGAGGUUUUAGGGACGAAGAAACGUCGACACAAUCAUCCCUACGUGACGCGAUCGAACCGGUCUUCGCGGGCAGCUCUGCGGGAUAGCAAUGGUCACCGGCAGCGGCCACCACAGCAGUAUCCGAGCGUUAUGAACAAAUGGGUGGCGGAGGAUUCGGAGGCCGUUGUUACUAGCAGUUCGGAGGAUCAAACGUUCGAUCCCUACGAGAUGCUAGUUAAACCGUUCGAAAGUCGACUCAUACGAAUGCUUGAAGGACAGGGCACUAGUGUGACGAAGGAGUGUGUGCGCGAUGGAGAGGAAGAAGGGGGUGUAGAUGAGAACAGCAGGUCCCAAGCAGCGGUGCAUUGGCAACCAGCACCGCAAGGAAUAAGUGGCCAAGGGAAUAAUCGACUAAAUCGAUCUGAACUGCAAAAGGACAUCCAUACCAAACAGCAUUCUACAGUUACCGCCCCAAAAGACCCCUCCCUUGUUAUUGUCCAAGACCAACAAGAAACAGAGAACGCCAGCAACGAGAUAGUGCUGAGCUUCGAUUCCGCCCUUUCGGAAGUGAUCGAUGUGGUCCCAUCAUUGAAGGCGAUUCAGCCGUGGUGGUCAAAACACUCCUCUCCUUCGCUGGAAACUGUCGAGAUCGAUGACGACCUUUCCCCGUCCGAUCCAGUCGGACCGUUGCGCGACCGUUUGUCUUCUGGGGCGCUUUCGAUGGCGAUCAUACGCGUGGGAGAAGAUGGUGCGGACAGCAUUGACUGGUAAAAAUGCAACCCACCACUGGGCGCAAGGGAAAGGUCGCCUUACCAAAGAAGAAGAGCUUCUUGAAGCAACUCCCUUCUAUGAGUGGCCCUGCUACUGUCGAAAAAAGGUGUCCAUUUAUCUGUUGCAGGACACGGUUUAUAUGAGUAGUUGAAAGCGGGACCUAACCUUUCGGGUCAGCAGGGAAAGAUACCCCUGCGUUUGUUACUAGUGUAAUUGAGACGUUCAAUUUCCGGUGUUUCCGCAAACUGGGCGCUACUAGAGCAGUAUCAAGGGAGCAUCGCUGCGCCAUCAGUCGCAUUGUUUGUUACGUGCGUUUAGAUAUGAUGAAUUCGUUAGCAGAGGAUUACCAAAAAUACAAAACAAAAAAUAAUAUUAACGAUCAUGGAGACGAAUUGAGAUAUAAGAACCAAUUAUAAUGAAGCAAACCAAUGGAAGCCAAUUGCCAUUAUACCGAAAGGAAUAGGAAAAAAAGUAUAGCUCAUCAAGAAACAAGGGCUGAUUUUUCUUAUUAAUUUAGUUCAAAUAAUCCUACAAAAUAUGCGGCCACUCGUUGGGUUUUAGACACAGUACUUGGAUCUCAUAUUUUAUUUCCAUGGAGAGAAGGAAUAACUGCCAUGAACUGGAUAGUGUUAUAGUUCGAUUAAUUAUAUUGGCCAGCAGCUUAAACCUACGUAUUUAGAGCAUCGGUUUCUAAUCCUUAAUAUCAUCUUCUAUUAUGAUGGCUUGAGCUAGCGUCUCAUUAGAUAUUCGAUAAUCAACAAAUGGCCAUUCCAAUCAAAUCUAAUGCCAUCCCGUGCAUUCAAUCAUUUACGAAGACAAGCUUUGCUUUAAAUCACGAGCCUUUUAAUGUGUACAUGACGUUCUUUAAGUUUGUUCUGUAAGUUAUUACAACCGUUUCUCGGUUAGGUAUUCAUUAAUUAAUUUGAUUCACCUCAUCAUUAUUGCAUUCGUGAUAAUCAUCGUCAUUCGAUUUACAUUUGGCAGUAUUUUACCAGGCAGUCGGCAAUAUGCCGAUGGUGAAGAAGUUAAUUAUAAACAAAUAUGAAAUUUAUGAUCAAGGAAAAAGCCGAACGGAUGCAAAUACGUGUUAGCAAUUGUCGAAUGAAAUCGUACAUCAGAAAGA